UCGUCGUCUCUCACGUCUCUCAGUCGCGCUCCGUCGUCACCGCCAAUAUUCCCGAUUCCUAUGCAAAAUUCGUCGGCUUAACGGAUACACGUUCCUUCUUUUCCUCGGCGUGUACUUGAAAAAAAUUUUAUAUACUCGCAACGACCUUCUCGUUUUAGCUACGGAUCUCCGCGUCAAGCCGGAGGAUGCUGACACUCAUACAAGCGUUUCUAUCGGAGCUCGUUCAGAUUUCUCGGAAUCGUUUCGCAUCGAGCCUCAGUGUGCACGCGUACGUUUGUAAUACAUCGGUAGGUACGCGGACGGGGCCAACGUCCGGCCAGGUCACUGUGCUCGAGGCUCCCGUGACCGUUCGCCGGUAGAGAAUACCGGUUUCCCGAACCAAACACUGUGUCGAGGAAGGGCAUCGUGGUAUGACGCUGUCCGUUUUAACCGGGCCUCGGUCAGUCUGUGUCUCGUCGACGGUCCUCCAGCAUUUUUCCACGGCUGAUCGCGCGUCUCGUUAGUCACUCGUUCUCGAUCAUGUACCCAUCGCGUUACGUCCUACUCCUCGCGCUCGCCGAUCACAUAGCGAUUGGCCUGUCUUUGCCGACGACCACUUACGAUCAACGACAGAACGGCGAUCUCAACGUACAGGUCCAUCUGAAGGAUGUGCAAGUGUUGGCGUUAUUGGACACGGAUUUGCUCGACGAUUACACGGAGUAUGAUUAUAUCUACGAUUAUGCCGAUUUCACGAUAAAACCGAUCGGGAAACCGACCACCGGCACUACGACGACCACCGAACCAGCUCUGUCGGUCUCGUCGGAGACCACCGAUAGACUCAUCGACACUUCCGAUUCUCUUUCCGAGAAUUCAACGUACGUCUCGACGAGCUCUACCGAGGAAGCAACGACGGUCUCGUUCGACGCCGGGCAAACGAACGAAACGACCGGCGAAGAGAAGACGUCGAAGAAGAGGAUCGAUGAGAAAACUACGGAUCCGUUUGAGAACGACGAAUGGGACGCAACGACGAGGCGAGUUAACGGACAACUGUCUAGAAACGUUUCGUCUAAAAGAUUACCUGGGAAACGUUGUAGAUCGGGAUAUUCGCCGGACGGGAAGGGUCGUUGUCGACGUCAGAGUCAACGAAGAUUGUCGUUGAUCCCAUUGGCGAUGAAAUUGACGCCGAGACUUUUCGACGAUCUGCUGGUAGGUCUAAACGCGAGGAAUUCGGUGCAACAGAAGGGAACCGAUCGGACUCGUUAGUUGGUGAACCAAGCCAUGAACAUCAGAAUCGUGUACGCCUACUACUAUUCCUACUACAAAGUUCCUCGCCGACUUAUUUCAAGUUAGAAGCCCAUCGUUCAGCGUCGUUCUACUCGUUUGUACUCACACCGCGUCUCGUUGUACAUGCGUACACAUAUACCCGUGUACUUAUAUCGUCAACUGCGUAAAACCGACAUGUAAUAAAUUUAUACGUUCGUA